AUGGCAGAAAUUUUUCUCAGAGAAUUCUCUAAGUCUGUUUAUAUUCUGUGGGUGGCGGUAGCCCGGUGGCGGAGCGGUGGUUGGUCGAAAAAAAGGGUCGGGAGGGCCGCUGGGGUGGCGGGCUGUGGGAGGCGGUCGGGGAGCGGAGCGACGGGGGCCAGGGAGGAGGCUGCAUGGUCUGUGGCGGGGGCCACAAGGAGCCGGAGGCACAGGGAGCGGAGGGUCGGUGGCUGCGAGCUGCAGGGAUCUGGAGGAGCGGGGAGUGGAGGGCCGAUGGCUGGGGACUGGGCGGUAGAGGAUGCAGGCGGUGUGGGGAGCGGAGGGUCGCAGGCGGAGGUGGCAACAGCAGGGUCGCUAGAGGGAGACCGGAAGGGGGCCGGCGGGGGCCUGGUUGCUGGAGCCAGAGCCGGGGACAACUGGUGGCGCUGGGUGGGGCUGACCUGA